CUGCUGGUUUUCACCAAAGACCAGGCUGAGAAUAUCACACUUGAAGAAGCCUUGAUCUCUGAAGGCUGGGAAAAGCACAACUCAAAAUUUUCACCAUGAAGAGCUCCAGAAAUGUCUUCUGUCUUCUCUUCUUUCAUGCUGUGUUUGCAGCUCUUGGCCUGGAACGUGUCCGAUGGUGCACUGUCUCUGAGCAAGAACUUUCCAAGUGUAAUGACAUGAGUAAAGCCUUUGGUGAGGCUGGCAUCCUUCCCUCUCUGGAGUGUACAAAGGGGGGAUCAGCUGCUAACUGCACCCAGAUGAUCAAGGAUGAUUUGGCAGAUGCAGUGACACUGGAUGGUCGUUUGAUUUACCAGGCUGGGAAGGAGCAUGGUCUGAAGCCUGUGGUUGGGGAAGUAUAUGAUCAAGAGAUUGGAACUUCCUAUUAUGCUGUGGCUGUCGUAAGGAAGAGCUCCAACAUCACUAUCAACAGUCUGAAGGGUGUCAGUUCAUGCCACACAGGCAUCAACAGGACUGCAGGCUGGGAUGUCCCAGUGGGUUAUCUGAUGGACAGCGGGCGCCUGGCAGCAAUGGGAUGUGACCUUCCAAAAGCUGUAAGUGACUACUUCAGUGCAAGCUGUGUUCCUGGAGCAAAUGGUGUAAACUAUCCCAGAUCUCUCUGUCAGCUCUGCAGAGGGGAUGCAGCUGGGCAAAACAAGUGUUCACAAAAUUCCCAAGAGCGAUACUAUGACUACAGUGGAGCUUUCAGGUGUUUGGCUGAAGGUGCUGGAGAAGUUGCUUUCGUGAAGCACAGCACAGUGCCUGAGAAUACUGAUGGAAGAAGUUUCUCUCCAUGGGCCCAGCGGCUUCGCUCCCAGGACUUCCAGCUGCUGUGCCGUGGUGGCAGCAGAGCUGAUGUAACAGAGUGGAGAAGCUGCCACCUGGCUCGAAUCCCGGCUCGUGCCGUGGUUGUUCGCCCUGACACAGAUGGGACAGUUGUCUUCCAGCUCCUGAACCAGGGACAACGAAGAUUUAAUGGGGUCGGCACCAAGUUUCAGAUGUUUGACUCUGCAGCCUAUGGUGCCCAGAAUCUUCUGUUCAGAGACUCCACCACAGAGCUUGUUCCAAUUACAGCCCAGAAUUACCAGGCAUGGCUGGGUGAUGAGUACUUUUAUGCUAUGCAAGCCCUGAGCUGCAACCCCAACACCCUGCCAGAAAGCCUGAACUGGUGUGUUACAUCCACUGAGGAGAUUUGGAAAUGUGGUGAAAUGGCCAUUGCCUUUAAGAAAAAGAAUCUGAAACCAGCAAUUCAGUGUAUUUCAGCCACGACAAAGGAACAGUGCAUGGAGCUGAUCCAGAAAAAGGAAAUUGAUGCUGUAGUUCUGGGUGGAGCUGAUAUUUACACAGCUGGGAAGACAUAUGGCCUUGUACCAGCUGCUGGAGAAAGUUACUCUGCUGAUGACAGCAGCAAUGCAUACUAUGCUGUGGUAGUAGUAAAACGAAAUCUGUCCAAUGCAUUCACCAUCAGUGACCUAAAAGGGAAGAAGUCCUGCCACACAGGAUUGGGGAGAAAUGCUGGAUGGAAUAUCCCCAUUGGUAUGCUAAUUAAGAGAGGUGUUAUUAAGACCAGAGACUGUAAUAUUCCUCAAGCUGUGAGUGAGUUUUUCUCUGCCAGCUGUGUGCCUUCAGCUGAGCAGGAUGAUUACCCAUCAAAACUCUGUCAACUGUGUAUUGGAGAUGACAAUGGAAACAAUAAAUGCAGUGCAAGUAGCCAAGAACGUUAUUACAGCUACAGUGGAGCCUUCAGGUGCCUGGCACAGGGCUCUGGGGAUGUGGCCUUUGUGAAGCACUCGACGGUGUUUGAGAAUACAGAUGGUAAGAAUACUGAGAGUUGGGCCCAAAACUUGAAGUCCAGUGAUUUCCAGUUACUUUGUCCAAAUGGGGCCCGUGCUGAAGUCACCCAGUUUGCUGAGUGUCACCUGGCUCAAGUGCCAGCUCAGGCCAUUAUGGUUCACCCAGAUACCAGCAUUUUUGCUCUGUAUGGACUACUGGACAAAGCCCAGGUCUACUUUGGAAAUAGCAAUGGAACUGGAUUCAAAAUGUUUGAUUCUUCAACUUUUCAAGGAAAGAACUUGAUCUUUAAAGAUUCUGCUGUAAAGAUUGUGCCAGUAGAAGAGAGGAGGACAUAUGCAGAAUGGCUGGGGAGUGAAUACAUUGAGUCCCUUGAAGGCAUGCAAACAUCACAGUGUUCUGGGGCAGGUAAUAAGACAAGCCAAUACCUACUCAUGACUGCUCUCAUUCCCCUUCUUAUUUUAUGUCAGGUACAAGGCUUGGACUAGUGUGGUCCAAAUGGCAACUUCCAGGCCACCUCUGCCCUACCCCACUUUCUUCAGAUAAGCUGCAGUUUGGAUAACAUGCUGUGCUAACUUUAGAUUGCCUCUUCCUACCUCUUUGCAGGGCAAGUGCUAACAGCACCUGCUCCUCAGGGGAGUGGGGUGGGGAUGGAAGCUGCACAGUCCAUGUGGGUGGGAUAAAAUUUGGGCAGAAGCCAGCAAUACAAGGUCAGCAUGGUUGACAAGAUCAGUCCAAAACUGGAGCAUCUUUGCUAUUGUUGCUGAUGUUGAAUCACCUUGGGCUGGAGGAUUCCCAGGUGCUGUUAGAUGGAUGAUGGGUGUCCAACCUGUGAAAGAAUUUCCUCAUCUUGAAGGGAGUAUCAGAAAUUUUGUCUAGUGAAUCCUCUCUGGCCUUGUGGCUAGUUUGCUGGGGGCAAAAGUUCCUCCUGAGCUCUGCUGUCAGGAGAGUUAAGUGCACAGGGGACAGACAGGCUCUGGACAGAGAGAGCCUGCAGCCCAGAAUACAGCUUCUGCCAGGGGCAAGGUCCUCUACCUUCCAGUAGAAGAAAGUGAGGGGAAUCUGCAAAGUCACUGGAUGAAAAAGAAGGCCAGAGAGACUUGGGGGACUACCUGUUGGCACAGAAAAGAACCAGCCUACAUGUGUGCAUCCACUGAGCUUGUUGGCUUUCCACACCUACUUGUCUUCACUGCUUGAGAAAGAUGUUAUCUAACCUGUCAUCUUUAAUUAGACAUAAUCUUCACGAAGAAACUUGUGGCUGUCCUCUUUCUACAUGGGUUUAUCCGAGUGCCUCUUUAUGAAACUCAUAUUUACUGUUAGUGAAACAAAGUAGUUUAGUUCUGCUUGACUGUUUCUAUAUCUA